CUCCAUCGCUCUGGUGUCAGUAGCAGGGAAUGACUAUUUUGCUUAUGUUGUUAAGAAUGAUAACGACGAUAAGAAUUUGCCUGCCUUUACUACAUCACUAAUUGAUCAGCUUGCUACAAACUUGGAACGAAUUCAUAGCUUGGGAGUGAGGAAAAUCGCGAUUACUGCAAUUGAGCCAAUGGGAUGCUUGCCUGUGGCGACUGCCUCUUCUUCAUAUAAAAAUUGCAGCAAAGCUGGGAACUUGACCUCCAAGUUUCACAACGAGAUAUUGGCAAAAACAGUACAAAAGUUGAACGAGCAGAGAAAGAGAACCAACAAAUCUGCGUUCGUGAUGCUUAAUCUCUACGAUGCAUUCCUUUCUGCAAUGAAGAAGCACAGAAAGCACACAGGGAGUUUGAAGGUGAAGAUGAAUCCAUUGGAACCAUGUUGUGUGGGUUCGUGUGGGAGUGUGGAUAAGAGUGGGGUAAAGCUAUAUAAUGUGUGCAAGAAACCAGAGGCUUCAUUCUUCUGGGACUCAGUACACCUUUCACAGAAUGGAUGGCAAACAGUUUACUUGGCUCUAAGAUCUUCCCUCCGCAAACUCAUCCGAAUAUAAUGCUUACUUAGACAGCAAUUAUGUUUUCCUCUUUUUUUCUUCUUUUUAUUUUUCGAAAAAAUAAAAGUUUCGCUGUCCG